ACACGCGAGUCUCCCUCCCCACGCUGCUGCUUCCCUUCGCAAUCCCGGCUGAAGGCGCAGCGGCGGCGGCGGCAGAACUUCGCUCCGGAGAGUUUCGCGUCCGACUUCUGGUGGGUCCAGCAGUGACAUCCAGACUCUUCCCUGCCCUACGAGUGACCAAAGCCCCCCCGAGGACGAUGACAGCCCCUGCCUCCCAUCCUCUCCACCGGCCACUCAAGAGUCCUCUCCCAACCAGUGAUGGCCAUCCUUUCAGACUCUGAGAAGGCGACUGGGGCCUGUGGUUGACCAUGGGGCUGCAACUCGGCCCUUACCAGCGAUGACCCUCCAGACUCCCACCCGUCUUCCGGCCAAGACCCUGGACAUUGCUGCUCUCCAGCCAAGAGAUGCCUUGCAUCCCCGACUUACCUCAUUCCCAUCUCUGAGCAGGCAAAAGGUCAUGGACCGUGGCAGGCCUUGACCGGUGGGCUGGGGGGCCGGGGGUGCCAUGGUCAGCAAGGAGGAGGCGGGCCCCAGCUUGGGCCCCCCGAGUGCAGCCCCUGAGGAGAAAGCUAUGACGGUGCGGUCAGUGCUGCUGCGACGCGACUCACCGGGUGCCGAGGGACGCGCACAACGCCGCCUGCACCGCCCAGCUCAGCAAGUGCGCUUCAAGGACCUGGAGGAGAGCGCCAGUGCCGCCGAGGAGCCCCCCACCCGGAACACCCCUUGUGCCUCUGCCGCCCCCAAACGCCCGGGGGCCAGCUCUGCCCGGAGGAGUUGGCCCCAGGCACAGCCACUCCUACAGCCCCCUACCCACAAGUCCUGUGCCAGCACUGCCAUCCAGACCUCACCCAGCCUGCGGAGACCCUCUUGGGUGGCCCCUCUCCGCAGCGGUAGCACCCCUGAGGUUGCCUGCCUCUCUGCACAGAGCCAGCCCCCAGCCCCCUUAUCCCGCACCCAGCCGUGCCCCCAAAGGGGAGCCGCUCAGUGCCCGUCGAGGCUGCCACCUCCGUGGUGCCCUUGCCCGCCGUACCCCAGUCUCCCACUCAGUCCUGCUUCCCAAUGCAAGCCGCAGAGGGGCAGCCCUCCCCCUUAUCCUCUCGCUCAGAGAGACCCCCGCCCUGCCUCUCCCCUUCUCCGGGAGUCCUGCCCCCAGCUCCCCCGUGGAAGCCCCCCAAAUUCUACCACAUCAGGGAAACCACCUCCACCAGCCUCCCCCAUGUGCCUUGGGGCCCAGCCGGCCGCUUGCCCACCUCCCCAGAGCAGACAGCCCUCUCCUGCGGGACCCAAGAGCCUGCUGCCCUCCAGGAUCCCGUGCCGUAGCCUCUCCCCGAUGCCGGCCGGGGCACUGUGCAACGUCCACAACCUGCUGCAGCUGGUGCCCAUCGGCAAGAGGACAGAAGAGCAAGAGGAGGACGAGGAGGAAGGGCACUCGGCGGCAUCGCAAGGCGACAUCCGUUCCCGGCUGCGGUCCCUGGAGGGAGUUCUGGAGACCAGCCAGCAGACCAUCCGGGUGCUUCUGGGGGUCAUCCAGGACCUGGAGAAGAAGGAGGCUCAGCGGGAUGGGCGCUGCUCCUACCGGACGGGGCAGGAUGUUGCCAACUGCGGCACGUGCCGGGACUGCGCUUGCGUCAUUUACAGCGUGGAGCAUGACUUCCGGCAGCAGGAGGGCCGCCUCCAGCGAGUGCUGAGCACCGUCAAGGCUGAGCUGCGCCCGAGCAGCCCCCCACUGGCCCCCGCGACGGGACCCCCGACCCCCCCUUGCCAGCCCAGGCCGGUCGCCCGACUGACCACGAAAGGAGAGGCCAGGAAGGCCUGGCGGAAGUGCUUCUGGUUCCUGUGAAAACGGCUCCUUUGGGGGGGGGGUCUCAGUGGGGUCAAGACCCCCACUCAAUUGAGGAAGAGGGGUGUGGCAUCCUCCCCCCUCCCCUUCUUUGCAAAGACAGAGUAAUUGCCUCCCAUUUAAGUGGAGGAAGCAUAUAUCUUCUGUACCUGAAGAAGUCCCAAUAAAGCCCCAGGAGAGGCCUGUUUUCAGUCUGGUUCUCCUUAAUACUGUU